GUGAAAGCGCGCAGGCGCCGCCCGGGUUUUCUGCAUUGCUCUGGAAGGCUGAACUGGGCCGCUGGUGUUGCGCUUGUUUACUGUACGUUACCGAAGCUGUCACUACAACCGGGAGGGGGGUUCUGUCGGUUCUUUUAUGCUCGAGGCGUAACGUUUAGCCUGUGUACUGUGGGCCACGCGUAAGGACGGCUGGACUGAAGCGCAAAACGGAACGAACGCGCAUUUUCCUUCCGCAGAACGAGCUCGCGGGAAGGCCGCUCGCUCCGUGACUCCGGAAUGCACGCGACGCAAUACCCGAACGAUUAUUCGAGUCGACGGGAGAUCAUGGCAGAGAGAAACUGUGGGACGGCAGCUCCCGCUUGUUUGGCCCCAUUCUGAGUCCUUAGGCUCUCGCGGCAGGCUGCGGCAUGGCCCACUUUGACACGGAGUACCAGCGGCUGGAGGCGUCCUAUAGCGACUCCCCUCCAGGAGAGGAGAAUCUGCUGGUCCAUGUACCCGAGGGGGCGAAAUCUCAGUGGCACCACAUUGAAAACCUGGACCUCUUCUUCCAGAGAGUCUAUAAUCUUCACCAGAAGAAUGGAUUCACGUGCAUGCUUUUGGGUGAAAUCUUUGAGCUUGUACAAUUGGUAUUUGUGGUGACGUUCACCGUCUUCCUGGCCAACUGUGUAGACUACGACAUCCUCUUUGCCAACAAGUUUGUCAAUCAUACUGACUCCUCCAAGGUCACGCUUCCAGACGCCUUUCUUCCAGUGGAUGUGUGCAGUGCUCGGAUCCGUGAUAAUGUCUUGGUCAUUUUCAUCCUGAUUAUCUCGGGGGUCUUCUGGCUCCAUCGGUUGGUGAAGUUUUUCUACAACGUCUGCUGCUACUGGGAGAUCCGAUCAUUCUACACAAACGCUCUGAAAAUGUGCAUGGCGGACCUUCCUAACUUCACAUGGCAGGAAGUGCAGUCGCGGAUCAUCGAAAUCCAGAAGGAGCACCAGAUCUGCAUCCACAAGAAAGAGCUCACCGAGCUCGACAUCUACCACCGCAUCCUGCGUUUCAAGAACUACAUGGUCGCCAUGGUGAACAAGUCGCUGCUGCCCGUCCGCUUCCGGCUCCCCCUGCUGGGCGACUCUGUCUUCUACACCCGUGGCCUCAAGUACAACUUCGAGUUGAUCUUCUUCUGGGGCCCCGGCUCGCUGUUCGAGAACGAGUGGAGCCUGAAAGCGGAGUACAAGCGCGGCGGCAACCGGCUGGACCUGGCCGAGAGGCUGAGCUCGCGCAUCCUGUGGAUCGGCGUGGCCAACCUGCUACUCUGCCCCGUGGUGCUGGUCUGGCAGACCCUCCACGCCUUCUUCAGCUACACGGAGGUGAUCAAGCGCGAGCCGGGCAGCCUGGGCGCGCGCGGCUGGUCCCUCUACGGCCGCUGCUACCUGCGGCACUUCAACGAGCUGGACCACGAGCUGGCCUCGCGCCUCAACAAGGGCUACAAGGCCUCGUCCAAGUACAUGAACUGCUUCGUGUCACCGCUGCUGGCUGUGGUGGCCAAGAACGUGGCGUUCUUCGCCGGCUCCAUCCUGGCCGUGCUCAUCGCGCUGACCAUCUAUGACGAGGACGUGCUGGCCGUCGAGCACGUGCUCAGCAGCAUCACGCUCCUGGGCGUGUGCAUCACGGUGUGCAGGUCAUUUAUUCCCGACAAGCAUAUGGUGUUUUGCCCAGAGCAGCUGCUCAAGGUGAUUCUAGCGCACAUCCAUUACAUGCCUGACCACUGGCAAGGCAACGCCCAUCGCUACGAGACCAGAGAUGAGUUUGCUCAGCUCUUUCAAUACAAAGCAGUGUUCAUCCUCGAGGAGCUGCUGAGUCCUCUCAUCACGCCCUUCAUCCUCAUUUUCUGCCUGCGCCGCAAGUCCCUGGAGAUCAUCGAUUUCUUCCGGAACUUCACGGUGGAGGUGGUGGGUGUGGGGGACACCUGCUCCUUUGCUCAGAUGGACGUCCGUCAGCACGGCCACCCGGCGUGGAUGUCUGCGGGAAAAACGGAGGCGUCCAUCUACCAGCAGGCGGAGGACGGGAAGACGGAGCUGUCGCUCAUGCACUUUGCCAUCACGAACCCUCAGUGGCAGCCACCCCGGGAGAGCACCCAUUUCAUCAGCCAGCUGAAAGAGAAAGUUCACCGGGAGGCCACAGCAGGGCAGCAAGGGACGGUGUCAGAAGCUCAUGCUUUGGCGUCCACCCACUCCCUGCAGUCUGAGUCUGAGCCUCGAAGCCUCAUUGCAAACCUCCUGGCCGGACCACCAUCCCUGGCCUCCUUACACCUGGGUCGAGAAGCCUCCCUAAUCAAUCACCUGUCCAUCGGCAUGAGCGAGGGGGCAUCGGUCCUGCGCUCCCUCUCGCCGCUCAGCACCAGCGUGCACCUGCGGCACAGCUACACCACCACACGCCUGCCCCGGACCGACCACGCGGCGGGGCCAGGGGCCCACGCCAUGGCAGGCUCAGGGACUGAUGCUCAUACUGUCAGUUCGGGCAGUAGCGCGUGGGAGGGUCAGCUGACCAGCAUGGUCCUAUCAGAAUAUGCCUCGACAGAGAUGAGCAUUCACGCCCUCUACAUGCAUGAGCUGCACAAGCAGCAGUCCCACGGCGAGCUGUCGCGACACACCUGGCACAGGCAGGAGAGUGACGAGAGCGACCACGACGACGCCGAGGCCGCCCGGCACCUCCCGCGCUCCAGCACCUUCCCCUGCACCGCCACUCCCAACCAGGAGGGGGCAGCACUCCAGAGCAGCAGCCAACGCCGCUACGGCGGGACCACAGAUACUCUGUGCGGAAGCCAUCAGCUUCAGAGGACGCCCCGGGUGCCGAUGGGCGGCUGGUCUGAGGCUCCACCGGUGAGCCGGCACCACGAUCCCGUCCCGGAAGAGGAGCUGGAGGACAAACUCCCACCACAGAUUCAUAAGGUGACAUAACGGGCGUGUUGUCAACAGCGUAGUUUAGACAUGCAACGGUGACGACCUUCCAGCGACGUGUGUAUUUAUUCACUCUUUGGCAGCACUGAGGUUGGACCCUGCUUCACACCCUGCACAAUCAACGGCUGACGCACUUGUAAAUGCCUUCGAGAGUCGUACAUGAAGGCGACGGCAUUCCCCUCCUUUUCACUGACAAAGUGGCAUCAGCUUCAUCGUCCUGGGAUAACCACCUUAUUCCAGGCACGUCGUUCUGGGAUGUUUCUGCCACCACAUUCUGGGGUAUAGGGGACGUCUGAGGCUGUAAUGCAUUAUCCUCCCUCCACUGCAUCAUCACUUGUUCUUCUUAUUUAAAUUUGUCUGCAAUUUACAUUUAUUGUUGUUGUUUUUUAAGAUGGGUGAAGGGGGAGGGUGCACUAGUGUGUGCUCAAAUUAGUAAGAUAAAAAUGCAUAAACUUUUAUUUAAACUGACAUUCUUUAGUUCUUUCCAUUAUAGUAACAAAUGCAUAUCCAUUGCUCGAGUAUCUUCAUGAUUAUUAAUCUAUUGUCUUAAAUCCAUUUAUAACUACGUCCUGUGCCACAGAAAACUUUGAAACACUAGAUUAUUGUCUAGCAAAUCUAGUUUUUAUCUUGAGGGCAAGCCACUGACACUUCUCCAAGCAUGGCCCUGGAAAAGACACCGCAGUCCGAUUUGCAUGCUUUCUUCUGUCCUAGGGUUUGCACAGAUUUGAAAAUAAGAAUGCACUUUAAACUUCAUUUCUAAUCCACAGGAGGUUUCAGAGUUUUUAUUUGCUCUCAUCAUAAGUCGCAUUUUGUGAACAUUACACAAAGUCGUGUUUGUAAGAGUUGGCAAAGGAAAAGUGGGUAAAGAUGGUUUACAGGCAUCGAAAAGGAAGCUCUUGUUAUAAAGAAUUCUAAAGGUUUAGUACUUAGGAGUGAGGAUUCACACUGGUGUACAGCACUUACUUACGACGUCUCCGAGAGGAAACCUGUGCAUGAUUCUUGACCUUUUUAUCAUUGUGCAUCAUUUUAUAGUUGGCCAGGUAGACUUUGAAAAGAUUUGUUACCUGAGCCAACUUGUCAACCAUAUAUACCAUGUCCUCAUCCGUUGAUAUAUAUUUUGCCUUUUUAUAGACUGUGUUGUAUAUUUAAAUUUUGUACAGCUGUAAAUUCAUCAUUAAAAUGUUUAAUAAUUUGUGCAGUGAAA